AUGAUUCUUGCAGAGAACAUCACCUUUGAUGAGACGACUGCUUGCGGGAAUCUGAAGACGUCGGCCGACAAGACCACCCUCCACUGUACCCCGUCAGGCCCACAGAAGCAGUACCCAAAACAGAGAGAAGAGGCUGCAGCCACCAUCCUGGCCACCCAGUUCUUCACCAGUGGGUGCCAUUACUGGGAGGUGGAGGUGAAGAACCUAACAGGCUGGACAGUAGGAGUCGUGGACCAAGGCUGGAAGAAGAGAAGAAGAGAAGAAGCUCUGGGUCAAGACAAAUCAUCCUGGGCCCUGCAGUUAGAUGACGGCAUGCUGGUUGCGAUGCACGACGAUGAAAUCGAAAUACUCAGAGAACAGAACCAUGCAGAGCGACUGGGCAUCUUCCUGGACUUCAGCAAAGGGAUCCUUAGGUUCUUCAACGUGGACACUGGGUGUGUCCUACAUACGUUCUUUGCCAAGUUUAAGAUGCCUGUCUAUCCUGCCUUCAGCAUCAAGAAUGAGAACACCAACAUUGUGUCUUUGAUGCUCUGUAAGCUUGUGCCAACUGGUGAUUUGCCAGUUGAAACGGCUGUCACUGACAUUCAGAUACCAUUCUCAAGCACCAGGUCCACUGUCAGCACUCUGCGUGACAUCACCUUUAGCACAUGCAAGGACCACCAAAGCCCCUUGAGCCCUCUGUACUGCACGACCUGCUCAGAGACCCUCUGUUAUGAGUGUCUGACCAACGGCAGUCAUCAGGGCCACUUCUACGCCAAGUUAAAGGACAUAGUAGAAGAACAAAUUGAUGUGUUGGUGCACAAGUACAAACAGUGGAACCUGAGCCCCAAGCUGCGAGAAGAUGUGAGAGCUCAGGUUGCCAAAGCAAAUGCAGAUGUUAAGGAAGUGUUUGCUUGUGCCGAAGCAAACCUGGAGAUGCAUUACGAGGAGCUGCAGGAGCUGCUGGACCACAACAAGGAGCAGGCCUUCCGCCUCUUCUUGGCCCAGAAGGAGAGCCUGCUGCAGGGCCUGGACACACUGGUUCUGCAGGACGAGCAGAACCAGCAGACGAUGGCCAACAUGGAGCAGGAGCUGCUGCAGCUCAAGAGCAGCCUGGACUGUGAGAGCCCUGCUGCUCUGCUGAAAAUCAAGGAACUGGACACAAAUGUCAGAGCUAUUGAAGAUUUCUACAAACACUUGAAGAAGCAGAUUUGCGUCGACAACAAGAGGCUGAAAGGGCUGGAAAAUUCAGUGAGACAGAUUGUUGAGGAAAGCAAGGAGCUCCUGACCAGGCCCUGGAAGUUUGCAGAGAACAUCACCUUUGAUGAGACGACUGCUUGCGGGAAUCUGAAGACGUCGGCCGACAAGACCACCCUCCACUGUACCCCGUCAGGCCCACAGAAGCAGUACCCAAAACAGAGAGAAGAGGCUGCAGCCACCAUCCUGGCCACCCAGUUCUUCACCAGUGGGUGCCAUUACUGGGAGGUGGAGGUGAAGAACCUAACAGGCUGGACAGUAGGAGUCGUGGACCAAGGCUGGAAGAAGAGAAGAAGAGAAGAAGCUCUGGGUCAAGACAAAUCAUCCUGGGCCCUGCAGUUAGAUGACGGCAUGCUGGUUGCGAUGCACGACGAUGAAAUCGAAAUACUCAGAGAACAGAACCAUGCAGAGCGACUGGGCAUCUUCCUGGACUUCAGCAAAGGGAUCCUGAGGUUCUUCAACGUGGACACUGGGUGUGUCCUACAUACGUUCUUUGCCAAGUUUAAGACGGCCGUUUAUCCUGCCUUCAGCAUCAAGAAUGAGAAGACUAAAGUUGCAUCUCUGACGCUCUGUAAGCUUGUGCCAACCAAUGAUUUGCAAGGUGAAAUGGAUGUCACUGACAUGCAGAUACCACUGUAACCAUCCGUAAGACAAUCCAACUAUCUUUAGAUAAAGCUGUUCUGUGAUAUCCUUUUCUCUGAUGGAGACUUCACAUAGCCAUAAAACAUUAAUUUAUACUUUUUUCACAUGUAUAGUAAUUUGUGUACCAUAGAAGAAUCACAACCAGUUUUAACAGAGGGGCAUUGAUUUUUCUUCAAUAAACCUAAUGUAAUGCACA